GUAAAUCUGAUUGGGAAAAGAUAAUUGAAUUAAAUCAAGGUAGCCUUGCUUCAGAAUUAUUUAAAUGUCAAUCUGAAGUAAUGAACAAUAAUGAUUCAUUAACAAAAGAAAAUGAUUCUAAAAAAUUAAAAAAAGAAAAUAAAUUUAAAAAAGAUAGGAUAAUGAUUACAAAUUGUAGUCGUUCAAAUGCUCAAUUUCCUUUUUUUAAUUGGGGGAAUGAUGUACUUAUAUUCCCUGAUAAUUUAUUGAUACGUAAUGUAACAGUAAAACAUGCAAAAGAAUUUUAUAAUCAUUUUCUUUUAAAUCAGCAAUAUAAAUCUAUAGACAUUAAAAAUGAAAAUUAUAAUGCUUCGAAAUUUGAGAAAGAAGAAAUUCCAUAUAAAGCUGUAAUUUUGAUAUGUGGACAUAAACGAAGAGACAUUAGAUGUGGUGUGGCUGGUCCAUUGUUGAAAAAUGAAUUUGAUAAAGUUUUGAAAGAAUUGAAAUUGGAUUUAAA